AUGAUUAGAGCCGUUACAAUCAAAGAUCUUGUUGGCGUGGAUAUCCGAGGAUAUCACUUGAAUCGAUUGAUUGGAACUGGAAGUUAUGGAGCUGUGUAUGAAGCGUCGUCUGGAUCGGAGAGAAUCGCCGUGAAGGCAUCCAUCAGAUCAUCGGAUGUGCUGAAUGAGGCAGUUGCCUUGCAACGUCUUUUCUACUGCGAGUUUACUCCCAAAUACUUUUUUCACGAGGAGACUCCUACCCAAAACGGCAUACUUCAUACUAUUGGUCAAGAAUUGCUUGGCGCGGACCUCGAAAGUAUUCGACAAAGAGUCCCAUGGCAUGCGAUAAAACGCCCGACAUUGGUGAGAAUUGCAUGGCAAGCAAUAAGCUGCUUACAAGCAGUUCAUUCAUACAACUUGGUACAUCGUGAUGUCAAACUUGGAAAUUUCGCUGUUUCUCUACCAACGUCUCCAAAUCAUCGUGUCACUAUCAAGAUAUUUGAUUUGGGACUUGCCCAUCACUACAAGGACGACGACGGCAACUUGAUUGAUGAUUCAACCAAUCCGAAAUUCAAUGUGAUGAAGUACUGUAGUUUUGAAGUCGCAAUGGGUUGCGAACCGAUGCCGAAGGAUGAUCUCCAUCAGUUAUCAUAUGCUAUUCUCUACGCGAGCGGUUACGAUUUUCUUCAAAAAAUGAAAUCUCCUCCAGAUGAGCUGAUUGCAUGGAAGAGAGAAAUGUUGCGUGAGCCAUCCAAGACGCUUCCUCCUCUUGCUCGAUUCUUGACACCUUGGUUUGAAGCGUUGUCUGAACUGAACGAUAUCGUGCCCAUCGAUUACGAGAACUUGAAGCAGAAGAUUCAACAAUCACUUCCAGCGCACAACGCAUCUGCUGAUUUGUACAUGGAGAUGCUGGAUGGAGAGCCUACCCUUGUCUGA